AUGAUCUCCAGACAGCAGGGUGUCCGAGGCGGGUCCCAGGGCUUUAGCUGUGGCUCUGCCGUUGUAGGUGGGGGCAAGAGGGUUGCUUUCAGCUCGGCCUCCAUGUCUGGGGGUGCAGGCCGUUGCUCCUCUGGGGGCUUUGGCAGCAGGAGCCUCUACAACCUCGGGGGAAACAAGAGCAUCUCCAUGAGCAUGGCCGGAUGCCGGCAAAGUGGCGGCUUUGGGGCUGGGGGAGGUUUUGGGGCUGGUGGCUUUGGUGCUGGUUUCGGCGCUGGCAGCUUUGGUGGUGGAUUCGGAGGCUCGUUUGGUGGACGGGGUGGUCCUGGCUUCCCCGUCUGCCCUGCUGGGGGGAUUCAGGAGGUCACCAUCAACCAGAGCCUGCUGACCCCACUCCAUGUGGAGAUCGACCCCGAGAUCCAGAAGGUCCGAACUGAGGAGCGAGAGCAGAUCAAGACCCUCAACAACAAGUUUGCUUCCUUCAUUGACAAGGUGCGAUUCCUAGAGCAACAGAAUAAGGUCCUGGAGACCAAGUGGAACCUCCUCCAGCAGCAGACGACCACCACAUCCACCAAAAACCUGGAUCCCUUCUUUGAGGCCUACCUCAGUGCCCUCAGGAAGCAGCUGGAUUCCUUGGUCAAUGACAAAGGACGCCUGCAGUCUGAGCUGAAGACCAUGCAGGACAGCGUGGAGGACUUUAAGACCAAGUAUGAAGAGGAGAUCAACAAACGCACAGCUGCUGAGAAUGACUUUGUGGUGCUCAAGAAGGAUGUGGAUGCUGCCUACAUGAACAAGGUGGAGUUGGAGGCCAAGAUGGAUGCCCUUAAUGAUGAGAUCAACUUCCUGAGGGCCCUCUAUGCUGCGGAGCUGUCCCAGAUGCAGAGCCACGUCAGUGACACUUCCGUGGUCCUGUCCAUGGACAACAACCGCUGCCUGGACCUGGACAGCAUCAUCGCUGAAGUCAAGGCUCAAUAUGAGGAGAUCGCCCAGAGGAGCAAGGCUGAGGCAGAGGCCCUGUACCAGAGCAAGUUCCAGCAGCUCCAGACCUCAGUUGACCAAUAUGGUGACAACCUGAAGAACACCAAGAGUGAGAUUGCAGAGCUCAACAGGAUGAUCCAGAGGCUGCGGUCUGAGAUUGAGAACGUCAAAAAGCAGUGUCAGACUCUGCAGGCCUCCGUGGCUGAUGCUGAGCAGCGUGGGGAGCUGGCCCUGAAAGAUGCCUACAGCAAGCGUGCAGAGCUGGAGGCUGCUCUGAAGAAGGCCAAGGAGGAGCUAACCCGGAUGCUGCGGGAGUAUCAGGAGCUCAUGAGUGUGAAGCUGGCCCUGGACAUUGAGAUUGCCACCUACCGCAAGCUGCUGGAGGGCGAGGAGUGCCGAAUGUCUGGAGAAUGCCAGAAUGCUGUGAGCAUCUCCGUGGUCGGUGGUGCUGCCAGCGCAGGAGGCAUUGGUGGAGGAUUAGGAAGCUGCUCUGGAUUUGGCCUGGGCGGUGGCUUUGGCUCUGGCUCUGGAAGCGGCUAUGGGUUUGGUGCUUCCAGCAGCAAGAUCAUCUCUUCCAACACCACCCUGACCAAGAGAUCCCACCGAUAG